UGACCUCUUCCUCUUGAAACCUCUUUCAAAAUCUUCUGCGGCUGCUUACAAGCCUUACUUGUUAGCCUUUGUGUUGCAGGUUUAGGAAUCAACUCAACUUUACCAAUUCAUGACCAACCUAAAGUUAAUCUUUUCAUUAUUAUCAUUCCAUCUUUUAUUUUUAUUUAAUUUAUGAAUCAAAAUGGCUGGUUGGGUUUGGUUAUUUGUGAUUUUUUAUGCCCCUCUGUGUAUUUCGUCUAGUACUCGAUCUAUCAAAAAUUUCGAUUUUAAAGAAAGUGAAGGUUCCAUUACUGGAGCUACUGUGUUCACACUUGAGAAAAAGCAAGAUGCUGAGCGUUUUGAGCUUGAAAGCCCCAAUAGGUGGGUUACUGUAGAACCUAAUGGUGAUGUUAAAGUGAAAGAACCAUGGGAUUAUGAACAAUUAAAUAAGGAUAAAACCAUCGAUUUUUGGGUUCUUGUGAAGCGUCAAAAUUAUGACACAGAGAAACAACAUGUUGUGAUUAAUGUGCGCGAUGUAAAUGAUGAACCACCUUAUUUUGUCAACCGGCCUCUCCCUAUGCAAGCCGUAGUUCAAUUAAAUGCUCCUCCGGGUACUUCAGUGUUUAAACUUCAAGCCCGUGAUCCAGACACUGGUCACAAUCUCCAUUAUUUCUUAGUUCGUGACCGAACUGGCGGACGUUUUGAAGUUGAUGAAAGAUCUGGUGAAGUCAGAACUAGAGGAAAUGAACCAUUUAUGCUUGAUCAAGAGUAUGCCAUUUAUGUUAAAGCUGAAGAUCAUGCGGGGACAAUCAACGACCGACAAUACCAAUCAACUAAAGAAGAAAGACUUUCAAUCAUGGGAGGUACAAGACCUCCACAAUUUUACAUGCCAAAAUACGACGCUACCAUUCCAGAAAAUCAAAGAAAAGAUUCCGAUAUUAUUGAAAUUAAAGCCAAAUCUUUCGCUGAUAGAGAAAUUCGGUACACGCUUCGUGCUCAAGGAAAAGGAGCGGGUACUUUCAACAUUGGACCAACCAGUGGCGUUGUGAAACUGGCUAAAGAAUUGGAUUUCGAAGAUCUCCGCCAACCCAAGCAAUACUCAUUAAUUGUGACUGCUACCGAAGACUCAGGUGGAUUUUCAACCACCGUCGAAUUAACAAUCAAGGUAACUGAUGUAAACGACAAUGCUCCUAGAUUUGAGCUUCCUGAUUAUCAAGCUCACAAUGUCCAUGAAGAUAUCGAUGUAGGAACUAAGAUUUUGGAGGUAAAAGCAACAGAUCCUGAUACUGGCAAAAACGCGGAAAUUGUGUAUUCUAUUGAUCGCAAAGAAUUUAAAAUUGAUGAUAAAGGUAUUAUUUAUUCAAAUGGCAGACUAGACGCGGAUGUCAACAACACUUAUCAAAUGGUUGUACGUGCAACAGACAAAGGUGAUCCCAGUUUAACUGGAACUGCAACUGUCAGAAUAUACACGGAAAAUAAAAACGAUGAACCACCCAAGUUCAGUCAGGAUGUUUACACUCCGAAUGUCGAUGAAAAUGCUGGACCAUCUACUUUAGUGACUACUGUAGUAGCUAGUGAUAAAGAUGGAGAUGCCAUACAUUUUGGAUUUGCCAAUGGAAGUAAUAAGUCAGGAGUAUUUGAAAUAGAGGAAAGAACCGGAGUCAUUCGUCUUCAAUCAAACCCUUUUUCUUUGGACAAGGACAAAUACGAAUUACAUAUUACUGCUCGUGAUGAUGGAUCUUGUUGUAAAGAUGGAUCAAGGAUGAUUCACACGAGUACGGCGCUUGUUGUUGUGUUCAUUACAGAUGUUAACGAUAAUAAACCAGUUUUCGAAGAAUGUGGCUCUUAUGCUCCAACAGCUCAAGAAGGUGCCCCAGCUGGCACUCAUGUUAUUACUGUCAAAGCAACCGAUAGUGACAAAGGACACAAUGGUCAAGUAAGAUACUCAAUAGUACAACAACCAAAUCAAAAAGGUACCAAGUUUACUGUUGAUGAAGUAUCUGGAGAAAUAAAAACCAAUAAAGUUUUUGAUCGUGAGGGUGAAGACGGACGUUUCGUUAGUAUUACCGUCAAAGCUGUUGACAAGGGAGUUCCUCCUUUAGAAGGUGUUUGUUCGUUUAAGGUUGAAAUCACGGAUAUAAAUGACAACCCGCCAUUAUUUGAUCGUCAAGAAUAUCGUGAAAAUGUUAAACAAGAUACUCAAGUUGGAACUAAUAUUCUAAGAGUGUCUGCUUCUGAUGACGAUGCUGAUAACAAUGGAGCUAUUCUUUAUAACCUCACUGCUGGACGUGACCCUUCCGACUUGGAUUAUUUCUACAUCAGUCCUGACUCUGGUUGGAUCAGACUACAGCGCCCACUUGAUCGUACAAAUUACAAUUUACAAGCAAUAGCAGUUGACAAAGGUAUUCCACAACACACUGCCACUGUCGCAAUAAUUAUUGAAGUAGUAGACCGAGCAAACAAUCCACCAGUUUGGGACCAACCUGUAUAUGGACCGGUGUCAGUUAAGGAAAAUAUCAAAGUUGGAGAGACAAUUCAAUCUGUGCGUGCUUCUUCAGGCAUUGCAGAUAACCCUACAGUUUUUUAUACACUAAUAAGAGGAAAUACUGAACAAACGAAUAAGCACAAUCAUUUUUAUCUGACACAACGGGCAGACGAUGAAGGAAUAUGGGCUGAUCUUAAGGUCAAUUAUCCUCUGGACUUUGAAAAACUGGCUCACUACAAUCUAACAGUUCGUGUUGAAAAUAACGGAGUUCAGCAAUUAGCAUCCGAGUGUACGGUUUAUGUUGUUGUUGAAGAUGUUAACGAUGAAAUUCCAUUAUUUACUGAGAGAGAGCAAGAAACUGUUUUAGAAGGUAUGCCAGCCGGAACUAAAGUUACUCAAGUUCAUGCUGUUGAUCGAGAUGGAACUAAACCAUUCAAUCAGGUUUAUUAUGCAAUUGAAAAAUCAAAAGAUGGAUCAGAGAGAUUUUUCACUAUUGAUAAAGAAUCUGGAGAAAUUUUUACAAAAGAUGAAUUUGAUCGUGAAGAGAAACAAGCUUAUGCCGUUUUAGUCAGAGCUUAUGAUGGCGCACCCUCAUCUAGGCCAGGAAGCAAGCCAAAUGAACCAAACUCAGUAACCAAAUACAUUCGUAUUGGUAUUGGUGAUAAAAACGACAACCCACCCUACUUUGACCAAGCCUUGUACGAAGCGGAAGUCAACGAAGACGAAGAUAUUCAGCAUACUGUUAUCACUGUCACUGCAAAAGAUAAAGAUGAAUCAUCCAAGAUUCGUUAUGAAAUUACGAGAGGUAAUACAGGUGGUGCUUUUGCUGUUAAAAAUGAAACCGGAGCCAUUUAUGUGGCAGGACCGCUUGAUUAUGAGACUAGAAAAGAGUAUAAACUUCGACUGGCAGCUUCAGAUAAUCUCAACGAAAAUUAUACACAAGUUGUUAUCAGAGUUAAAGAUGUAAAUGACCAUCCUCCUGUGUUUGAUCGUCCAGUUUAUGAAACUCAAAUCACCGAAGAAGACAAUACUAACCUUCCUAAAAAGAUCCUUCAAGUCACAGCCACUGAUGGUGACAAAGAUAGACCACAAGGCAUUGUUUAUUUCUUAACGGGUCAAGGUACUGAAGAUAAAGGCCUUUCUGAUCGUAAGUUUGAGGUAAAUUCAACGACUGGUGAAAUCUAUGUUUUGAAGCCAUUAGACCGUGAUUUACCACGCGGUCGAUCUCAGUGGAGAUUCACAGUUUUUGCUGAAGAUGAAGGUGGAAAUGGAUUGGUUGGUUUUGCUGAAGUUCUUGUAAACCUAAAGGACAUCAAUGACAAUGCUCCAUUUUUCCCAUCAAAUAUCUAUACUGGAAAUGUAACUGAAAAUGGUACUGCUGGUAUGACAGUUAUGACAAUGACUGCCACUGAUUAUGAUGAUAUAAAUGAAGGCCAAAAUGCUAAGUUAAGAUAUUCAAUCGAGCAAAAUCAAGUUAAUGAAAAUGGUGAAUUAAUUUUCAAUAUCGAUGAAGAUACUGGAGUAAUUUCUACAGCAGUCUGUUGUCUUGAUCGUGAAACAAAUCCUGAGUACACAAUUAAAGUCGUUGCCAUUGAUGGAGGUCAUUUGAAAGGGACAGGUACUGCUACAAUUAAAAUAAAAGAUAUCAAUGAUAUGCCUCCUGACUUUACAAAGAAAGAAUGGUACGUUGAAGUUGAUGAAACGGAGGGAGAUCAAUUACCAGAGUUUCCUAUAUUAGUUGUCUCCGUUAAUGAUGGUGAUCUUUUGGAGACAAACCGGUUCAACUAUAAAGUUGAACCUGGCCAGUUUGGGUCUGACAAAUUCACAAUGGUAACAAAUAAUGAUGGUACAGGCUCCUUGAAAGUUGCCAAACCACUUGACUAUGAAGACCCUCGCCAGCGAUACGGCUUUAAUAUAACCAUCAUUGUCAGUGAUCAUGGAGGUGAAACGACAGAUCCAUCACAUAUUAGCCGUGCCAAAGUUUUUAUAAGGCCAAAAGAUAUCAAUGACAAUAAACCUGAAUUUGAAAAGCCUAACAUUGAAGUUACUGUAAUCGAAAACAGUCCAAUUGGUCAAACUUUGACUAAAUUCGCUGCUACUGAUGCUGAUCAAGGAGGUAAAUCAAAAGUUAGCUACAUGAUUGAUCGUUCAUCUGACAAGAAAAGACAAUUUACCAUUGAUCAAGAAGGUAUUGUCAGAAUUCAAAGAACGCUUGACCGUGAAGAUAUACCCAGACAUCAUGUUAAAAUUUUAGCUGUUGACGAUGGUUACCCGCCAAGAACUGCCACAGCCACCUUAACUGUUAUCGUUGGUGAUGUUAAUGAUAAUUAUCCGAGAUUUUUGAAAGAUUAUCGACCUGUAAUCAUGGAACAUGAGCCUCCACAAAAAGUUGAAGAAAUUUUGGCUACUGAUGAUGAUGACCGAUCUAAACACAAUGGCCCACCUUUCACUUUUAGAAUGGAUCCAAAUGCACCAGAUAUGAUCAAAAACUUUUUCGAUCUCACUCAUGAUCACAAUGGUGCUAAUGGUGACGGUAUGGCAAUUGUCCGAUCAAAGGUUAAAUUUGAUCGGGAGGUGCAAAAAGAAUAUCAAAUUCCAAUUAUUAUUAAAGACAAUGGAACACCUUCAAUGACUGGAACCAGUACAUUAACUGUUAUUAUUGGUGACAUCAAUGACAAUAAGAUGAAUCCUGGUAGUAAGUCUAUCUUUGUUUACUCCUUCAAAGGCCACUCACCUCCAACUGAAAUUGGUAGAGUUCAUGUAGAAGAUCAAGAUGAUUGGGAUUUACCUGACAAGAAAUUCUUAUGGGAAGAUCAUAUUGCACACGAAAACUUUGAGCUCAAUGCACACACUGGAAUGAUCAUGAUGAAAAAUGUCACAGAAGGAUCUUACUUUUUAAGAUUCAAAGUUUUUGACCGAAAACAUACGCAAGAAGUGCUGGCAAAUGUUACAGUGACAGUUCGUGAAAUACCAGAAGAAGCUAUUUACAAAUCUGGUUCCUUGCGUGUUUCUGGUGUGACAGCUGAGGACUUUGUCCGUACUUACGACUGGCAGACUCCUACUUAUCAAAAGAUCAGCAAAUAUGAUAAAUUCAAAAAUGCAUUGUCUGAAAUCAUGAAAACAAAACCAGACAACAUUGAUGUAUUCAGUGUGAUUACCAGACAGGAAAGACCACCCAUCACUGAUAUAAGAUUUGCCGUUCAUGGAUCACCAUAUUAUGAAUCAACUUAUCUUGAUGGUACAGUGGCUGUUAAUCGUGACCAUAUUGAAAGGGAGGUUGGAAUCAACAUAACCAUGGUUGGAAUCGAUGAAUGUCUAAUAGAAGGUCUUUGUGAAGGCAGCUGCACUAAUGAACUGAAAAUAAGUCGAACACCAGUUUUAGUUAACGCUAAUCGAACUUCAUUUGUUGGUGUAAAUACAUGGAUUGAACGAAAAUGUGUUUGUGGUGCUCGUGAUUUCAGUGAACCCGAAACUUGCCGCAAAUAUCCACCUCCUUGUGCAAAUGGAGGUCGAUGUACCGAUUCAUCUGUUGGUGCUCUGUGUAAGUGUUUGAAAGGCUAUGAUGGUCCACAGUGUCAAGUCACAACUCGAACCUUCAAUGGACAUGGUUGGGCGUGGUUCCCACCUCUUCAACAAUGUCAAGAAUCUCAUCUGAGUCUUGACUUCAUGACUCCUUCUCCCAAUGGACUCAUCUUUUACAAUGGGCCAAUCGUUAGACCAGAUAUCGGUGUUCAAGUGGUCUCCGAUUUUAUUUCCCUUGAACUUUACAAUGGUUACCCUCGAUUGUUAAUUGAUUUUGGCUCUGGUACAACAGAGGUUACAGUGAGGACAUUUGGUGAUCUCCAUGAUGGUGAAUGGCAUCAUAUUGACAUUUUCUGGGAUAAGGAAACUGUCCGUAUGAUGGUUGACCAUUGCUCUGGCACAGCAACCGAUGUUAAAGACUCACGUGAACCACUACAUAUUGAUCGAUCCAAGUGUGAGAAUAUUUCACAUAUCGUUCCUUUUAAUGAAUUUCUUAAUGUUAACUCGCCUCUACAAUUGGGAGGUAUUUACAAACUGCCCGAAGAUUUGGAUCAGUAUUUCAAUUGGAUGUACAAACCUACCAAGAUUGGCUUCACUGGGUGCAUCAGAAACUUUAUCCAUAACAGUCAAAUGUAUGAUCUCGGUUCUCCCGGUAGCCUUUCUAACAGUAUGGUUGGAUGUCAACCAGCCAAAGAUAGAUGCGAUAGCAAUCCUAUAGCUCGUAACUGCCAACAUGGUACCUGUGUGGCCUCAUACCACAAUGCUCGAUGUGUUUGCCAACCAGGUUACUUCGGACCACGCUGUGAUAGAGAAACUCAAUCAAAAAUGUUCCAACAUAGUAGCUACAUCAAGUAUGCUCUUUCCUUUGAACCUGAUCCUUACAAAACUGACAUUCAACUUAUGUUCCGAACUCGUCAAAAAGCUGGUGAACUUUUCCGUGCAACUAGUAAACAUGGACGAGAAUAUGUUAUUCUUGAUAUUAAGGAUAAAAAAUUACGAUUCCGUUUCAAUUUGAAUAGUCUGAAAUCAUCAGAAGAACGUGAAUUAUGGCUUCCCAAUAUUACUGUUAGUGAUGGACAAUGGCAUACAGUGCAAGUUUUACGUUUUGGUAGCACUGCAUCAAUUGCUUUAGAUGGCGGUGGUGGACGACGUUUUAAUGAGAUAAUUGAUUACAUCGGUCUCCAUCAACUAAUGACUGUCGAAAGGCAAAAUGUUGUUGCUGGAGGUGAUGUGCAAUACCUUGGACCAGGAGUAACAAUGGUUGAUAAUGAUUUCCAAGAAGGUUGUAUGAAUGACAUAAGACUGGAACAGCGUUACUUACCAAUGGAGAACGGAUCUGAAAAUGCUGCUGUAGUUGAAUUCCGAAGCCUUAUUGAUGGCUGUCCAUCAAACAACCCUUGCCAUUCAGUAGCGUGCUCUCGCCCGUUUGUUUGUUAUGAUCUCUGGUUACUACCUGAUUGCUCCUGUGAACCUGGAUUCAUUAGGACUGAAGAUCAAAAUAAUUGCACAGAUGCAAAUGAAUGUCUCACUGACCCUUGUCUUAACGGUGGAACUUGUAUAAAUCGUGAUAAAGGCCAGGGAUUUUAUUGCAUAUGUCCAGAAGGAUUCUCUGGUGAUGUAUGCAAUGCUUUGCGUCAAGAGAAGGUUAUGCGAUUGAGUAAUGCUGCCUUGGCUACUAUUCUUAUUUGCCUUCUUAACAUCUUGAUUUUACUGUUAGUUAUCUUCGCUUAUUCCCGAACAAGACGGACCGAUCAAAAAUUUGGCCAUGGAGAUAUGGAUGAUGAUGUGCGUGAAAAUAUUAUUAAUUAUGAUGAUGAAGGUGGGGGAGAAGAUGACAUGAACGCUUAUGAUAUAACUCCAUUAAGGAUACCUAUUGAUCCCCAUGGAUUAAAACAAGAUCCUAAAGGGACGCUACUUAAAUCUGGUCGACAAAGGCAAUAUCCCCCAGGCGCUCACUUAGAUAUCGGGGAAUUUAUUCAAGAAAAUCUUAAUAAAGUCGACUCAGACCCUAAUGCACCGCCUUUCGAUGAUCUUAGAAACUAUGCUUACGAAGGCUGUGGUAGUAACGCUGGAUCUCUUAGCUCACUGGCAUCUGGUAACGAAGAUAACGAACAAGAUUUUGACUAUCUAAAUGGAUGGGGCCCGAGGUUCCAGAAUUUAGCGCGAAUGUAUGAACGAGGAGAAAGUAAAAUAGAAGAUUAAACCAAUAACUAAAGAUGAUGAUAAGUCAUUCUUGAUAAACUUCAAAUUGCCAUGACGUCUCUAUUCAAAAAAUCUUUUUAUGUGUAAAAUACUUAAUCAUGCUCUCAUUUGUUUUUUUUUCAUCCAAUAUAAUAAAUUCAUCUUUUUUGUAAAUUAA